GCAGGAUGACGUCGGCAAGGGUUGAACGGCGGGCAUUGAGGCCGCACCAUAUGACCACUGCGGUGAUCUAAAAUAAGUAAAACUCCGCAGUACGUGGAAUGGAGGCUGCUGUGCCGCUGGAAUGCUGGGAAUCUGCCUUACUAGAUCAUGGAUUAUAAGCGCCCAAAUCCGUCACCUCCGCCGCACAGAAUCUUGAGAACUAUCAUCACGCAGACGACUCGUCUUGUUCGCUAUCGUACCAUGGCAAAAGACGAAGAUCCUCAGACUCCUAACCAAGGAACUUUGCGUCCAGGGCAUGAUGACGACUGCUUCCCAGAGUCGGAUUCCCUACGUUCUUCGCUAGGGUCCCCGGCGAGUUCGAUAUUCAGCGCUAAUGAGUCAGUCUCCAGUGAGGAUACUGAGCCUGACUGCUGUGCAAAUCUGGAUAAUGAAGGAGACAGCCCAAAAGAGCCGUCCACGCCCGACAUCCCAUCCAUCAAGGGUGAGGAUACUGAGGCUGUAGAUGGGUGGCUAAAGGAAGAGCUAGAUGCCUCAACAGAUGCCUCCACAAGAAAAUCUACGGGUAUCACAUGUCUUGGACCGAAGUCGAAUUGUUUACCCCGGCCAACAACCACGGUGAUCAAGGAGGAGGACGGCCGUAUGGCAAAACUAAAUCUUCUUGAAACAUACAAUCAGACCUUCAGAGACCGAUCUGAACCGCCUACCUCAAACGACCCGCAAACCACGCGACGACGAUCCUUCAGCCUCGUCGUGGAUUUUAGAUUCGCAGAUCAUAAACUAUAUGGAAUGGCAAGAACUGCAUCGCGAAUUAUUAAAAGCGACAUCGGCGUCAAGCCAGACUAUUCAAGAGAAGCGGCCCAAGUUAAUACACCGUCACCAUCUGGACGACUUGUCCCUCCUCAGGCCUUCCAACCGCAUAAAGCAGCACUCUCCAAUGUGCCCAUCCAGAAAGGGCUACAAGAAUGCCUCACUCGCCCGCUGGCACCUAAGGAUAGCACACAGACGGGAUUCAUAUACGUCUUUUGGUACCCUGGUGGUUUUGGACACGUGAAGAUAGGAUACACCAAGGAUGUCGAGAAGCGAAUGAAAGAGUGGUCGAAACAGUGCGGGAGAAAGCUAGAGAAGUACUUUCCCUCUGAACAAGCAGAUAUGGAACCUGUGCCUCACCGUCUCCGAGUUGAGCAACUCGUCCACGCCGAGCUGGCGAGAUAUCGAAAGGAGGAGCCUAGAUGUGGGGAGUGCGGGAAGAGGCACAUUGAAUGGUUUGAAGUCGACGUGAACUUCGCUAUAUCUGUUGUACAGAAGUGGGUGAAGUGGAUGCGAGAACGUCCAUACGAGCGGGUUGAACUAGAGGAUGGUGGAGUUAAAUGGGUGCUCGGGAAGCGGCAUAUGGAUAAUAUUGCACUACUCAGUACGCCAUCACCCACGCCCACAAGUACACCUAUGCCUAUACAUACACCCAAACCUAAGCCAAAACGCUCCUCGGUGCGUCGAAAGUCCGUCCGCUAGCCCCAGCAUUUCGCGAUUAUCAGCGCCAAAAGGCAAUGUACAUCAGCGAAGGAGGGGACUCUGCAGAGACCCUGUUAUAUAUAUGCAUAUGUAUCUAAUAUCUCUCAUUAUUUGAAGUUAUAGUGCCAAUUGGAUGUAUGAGGCUUUGUGCUACGCCCCCAUAUGAAUAAA